CUCGGUAUAUUUUUAUAGUAAUAUAUAUGUAAAUUGGUGAGGAAAUGUUAGAAGUUAGAGUAGAGUAGAGUGUAUAAAAUGUGUUUGUGAAUGGUGUGUCAGUGUUGUGGUAGUGCCCAUGCAGACGCCUCCACGGCCCAGCCCGUCUCCUGUAGUGCUGCCUCGCCUCACUACGCGGCCAUGAAGGUUACAGUCAAGAUAUUACAGGGCAGCGAGUGCUCCAUGGAGGUUCCUGGGAGUUCAAAAAUUUCGGAGGUUAAAAAUAUUGUAGAAGAAUUCCUAGAGAUUGCACCCCAUGCACAGCGACUUGUCUAUAAAGGAAAGACUUUAGCAGAUGAAACGACACUUGAUGAGGCUGGAAUUACCGAUGGAGCCAAGAUUCACCUAAUGGUAAAGAAAGGGGAUAUUACUUCUCCGUCAAGUGCAGCAAGCUCCUCAAAGAAACUAGAGUCGCCAUCGGCUAUGGACUUCUUUGCUCAAUUAGAUUCAUUUCUUAGUAAACAUUUAACUCGAGAACAAACCACAAAAGUGGUCAGCGAAUUUAGAAAGAAUUGCCAGUUGAUGGUGGACAGUAUGAAUUUCGAUGAUAUCGAGAGAUUUGCAGCAAGCAACUUUACCGAGUUUUAAAGGUAUAUGCACUGCAGAUUGGUUUUUUAUGAGAUCGUACAUAACGGAUUAAAAAAUGGCGAUAAAUGAUGACUGAAAAUUGAAGUGAGUUGUAGCAAGACUGGCUGUGUGAGUGAAUAUAAUAAUCACAUGACAAUAAGAUGAGCAUGUGAAGUCUGACAUAAAGAAGCAACACUGAUAAUAUGGAAUUGUAAGUGUUUAAUCAAUUUAUCAUUUAUGUUUGCAAAAUUUUGAAGAUGGAGAUACAGUAUAUGCCAAUAUGAAAUAUUUUAAAAGCUGAGAAUUGGUAACAUUCUUUUUUUAUUUCCUUGUAUGCAGAGACCAAUAAUUUUUUUUAUUCCAUGUGCAUCCUUACUCGUAGGUCUGGCUGCAAAUGGUUGUGUGUCGGUGUGUGCCUGCAUGUGUAUGCAUGAGUGUCCAUGUGCGUGUGGUUGUGCAUUUUGUUAUACCAUAACUUUUCUCUGAUAUUAUCUAAUGUAAAAAUAUGGGAAAUGAAAACUUUUACUUUGUAAAUCCUGUAAAUGGAAGAUUGACCAUUUAUGGUCACACUUUCUUGCAUAGUUUCAAAGAGUCUUUAGGUCUUUGGAAUAACCAACCAACUCUGCAACCAACACUAGUACAAAUUUACGGGAGAUUAGUUGUGUUUUUGUGCACGUGUUACUAGAUAGCCGAGAAUUUUUCCUGACUUUUGACUAUCGUAUACCUUUAUACUGUGUCGUUAUAGAUUCUUUAGCCCUAGUUGAUGUAAUUUGUACAUUUAUUUGCUAGUAAAGUGAUAAACAUUUGUUAUGUAUGUCUGAUGUCAGAUGGAAUUAAGCCAUUGUAUAAAUUAUUAUUUUGGGUAAUGGUGGUUUCUUAUUUUUUGUAUCUUGAAAAAAUUAUCGACCGAGUGAUUAUCUGUGCUAUUAUAUUCAUUAAAAAAAAAGGUCAGUACUAGAUAGAAUGAUGUGUAUAAAUACAAAUAUACCAUCCCCAUUCUCCUGUUUAGAUAGCAUUUGUAACUGUGCACUAUAGUACAAAGAUUGUCAUUCUAAGCAAUUAGAUAGAACUUGUACUAUUCACUUUAUAUUUUGGGAAAAAAUUAAGCUAAAAAGACUAAAUAUUCCUAGGCACAGAUAUGUACUAUAUUCAGCCUCGGAUAUCGUGUAUUAGGCCUAGGAAGGUUAGAUUAGUUUAAUUUGUCUUUGCCACAGAACUAGAAGGUAGUUUUCCGGUUUGUCAAACUCAAUAGUGCAGAUUUCUAAUUUCGUUGUAAAUUGGUAUAUGUACUAUGGUCCUCAGUGUUACUAUAAGUACUACCAAAACAGGAGGAUGGGCUGAAAUAUACAGUAUAAUGUAAUGCUUUGUUUUAUAUAUAUAGAAUCAUGUGUAUUUGCCAUAUAAUAGAUUGAUACAUAAAGCUAAUUGGAAUUUUGAGAAUACUGUAUAUAAAUGAGUUAUAAUAAGCUAUUUUCUCACUUGCUGCAUAAGUAAGUUGUAAAAUUUGACAAUUGUAGUGAUAAAUUUAAUUGUAAGACUAUUCCAUUAAACUGUUGACCCAGA